GCAAUCCUUCGACUACCCUGACUGGGUGUACUCAAAGCACAACCUGACAACUUUUGGAAGCUAUGUCAACAACAAUGAGAGUGCUGACAAUGUUUUCCUGUUCGGCAGCGAAGAUGGCUGCGAUAGAACGGACGUGUUCAAGCAAACCAUGGACACAAUCAGAGGUGACUUCGCUCCGAGCCCAGCAUUUGGAUGGGAGUCGGAGGUUUGCGAAUCGAUUGUGGCCGUCGACUCCAUAGGUAGCUCUCACGGCUUCCACUGCCACGACCCGGUCUGGCAGGUGCAAGUUGAAGGCUACAAGAUGUGGUGGCUGCUGCCCCCACACUACAAAGGGACGGCGCCGGAAGGCGAUAGCGACGAUGGCUCCAUGGGCUGGGGUGGUGCGCCUGUACUUCCUGACGGCACGGUAUUUGCUCAUCCUAAUGGCUGCGCCAUGCUCAAGCAGGUGGAGCCUCCGCCAGGAACGGACACGUGCAUCUUGGCGCCGGGCGAGAUGAUGGUGCUGCCAACGGGCUGGGUCCACUCCACCUGCGGGCUCACAAAUUAUACUGCGGCUGCAGGGGGCUGGCUUGGCUUUUAUCGGGCGGACAAGUGA